AUGCAUCUGCACCAGGUGCUGACGGGGGCCGUUAACCCAGGGGACUGCUGCUACUCCGUGGGAAGCGUCAACGACGUCCCGUUCACGGCUUAUGGAUCAGGCUGUGACAUUGUGAUCCUCGCCAGUGAUUUCGAGUGUGUUCAGAUUAUUCCCGGAGCUCAGAAUGGAAACAUUCAGGUGGGCUGUGUGGAGUGCUCUCAGCAGCUCGGCAGGAUUGCUGCAUCUUAUGGAAAUACUGUGUGUAUUUUUGAACCAAUUUCUUCCAAUCCAAACAAACGUCACAAGCAACUGAAUUACCAAUGGCAGAAGACUGGUCAGUUCUUCCUCAAUGCUAUAACCUACAAUCUAGCCUGGGACCCCCAAGGCAACCGUAUCUUGGCGGCGACAGAGCGUUUGCAGCUCUGGGCUCCUCCAGCCAGUGACGCCCUGAUAGAGGAAGAGGACAGUCAGCUGAAUGAUGACAGAGCUCUUGAACUCGUACUUAACGACUGGAAGUGUGUCUGGCAGUGCAAGACUGCUGCUGCUAUUCUCAUCACUCAGUGGUCUCCAGAUGGAGAAUACUUUGCCACUAUUGGAAAGGAUGACUGUCUGCUGAAAGUGUGGUAUCCCACCACAGGAUGGAAAUCUGCCGUGGUCCUGCCAGAUGUGACUGAUAAAAAGGCCCCAGCUGUUCAUUUCUCAUUUGUCUAUCUGGCUCAUCCACGUACAGUCACAGGCUUUUCCUGGAGGAAAACCAGUAAAUACAUGCCCAAGGGCUCAGUGUGUAACGUGUUGCUGACGUCCUGCGCGGAUGGCAUCUGUCGUCUGUGGAGUGAGACCCUCUUGCCGGAGGACAGUCUGUUGGGGGGGCAGAUCUCAGAGAACAGCACCAGCUUCAGCUCCUCUCUGCCAAACAUGGCUCAGAAAGACAAGAUACAGCACGCUCUGGAGUCUAUCCACCACCUGAAGCACCUGCGCAGGGGCCGCAGAAGAUCAUCUGCUCUGGUGGCCCACACAGAGGUGCUGCCCAGUCAGCUGGGAUCCCACGAAACCCACCGGCACAUCUCACACCAUGCCAACGCCCUCUGCCACUUCCACAUUUCAGCCAGCAUCAAUCCCAACACAGAUAUCCCUGCAGCGCUGGCUGGAUCAGGCCUGUUCUCUGAGGAUGCCAGCGGAGGGUUUGUGGUUCACUGGCUGAAUAAUAAAGAUCUGAGCUUUACCACUUCCAUGGAUCUGUUCAUGCAACAGCUGCGCAAACUCUCUGAGCAGCACCUGGAACAAGCCACUGAGGACUUUGAACAGGAAGGAACGGCCAAAUUUGACUUUGAUCUGGAUGAGAUGUCUGAUAAGGGAUCAUCAGAGCAUGAGGAGGGCGAUCAGGAGGGCAGCACCAAGGCCUCUUCUCCUGGUUCGAGCAGCAGCGUUCCUCUGCCCUCUGUUCUGCUGGAUCGGAAGCUUGAGACACUCAUACUGGAAUGGAACAAGAGUCCGGAUAUGCUUUUCACUAUUCACCCACACGACGGGUCUUUCCUUGUCUGGCACGUCAAGUACCUGGAUGAGUUCAUACCUGGAAUCUUCAGACAGGUUCAGGUAUCAUUCUCGUCUCGUAUCCCUGUCGCAUUCCCCACGGGUGAUGCAAACUCUCUCAGUAAGAACAUCAUGAUGUACGCCUGUACGUUUAUGGACCAGGACAGCUGCAGUGCUCUGGAGGAGAAGCGCAGCGAGCGUCGAGUUCCUCAGAGCGCAUCAGCUUCUGCUGGUCUCAGCUCUCUCGGACACUCUCUCGCUGCUGUCAUUGGCCCUGCUGUCAUGAUGGUGUCUAAACACGUAGACGGCUCCCUCAACCAAUGGGCUGUGACCUUUGCUGAGAAGUCUGCCUUUUCCAAUGUCCUCACGGUUUCGCACAAGUUCCGCUACUGCGGGCACCGUUUCCAUCUCAAUGACUUGGCUUGUCACACUGUACUUCCCUUACUUCUGACAUCAUCGCAUCACAAUGCACUGUUGACUCCGCCCUCUGGAUCCGGAAGCAUUGAUGGAGAUCUGAUUGGGGGCGUGGCUCAACAGCCCACCAGGCCAAUGAGAGGCAUUCCUCGUAAACAGCUACGAAAUGCAGCUACGCGUACUUUCCAUGACCCAAAUGCGAUCUACAGUGAGCUGAUUCUCUGGAGAGUGGAUCACAUUGGGCCACUGUCCUGCACAGGAGGGGUGUCCGAACUAGCAAGAAUCAACUCUCUCCACACAUCUGCAUUCUCCAAUGUGGCUUGGCUGCCUACACUCAUCCCCAGCUCAGUGCUCGGAACAUACUGUAACUCAGCAAGUGCAUGCUUCGUGGCUUCUGAUGGGAAAAACCUCCGCCUGUAUCAGGCGGUGGUGGAUGCCCGCAAACUACUGGAUGAACUCUCCGACCCAGAGACCUCAAAACUGGUGGGUGAGGUGUUCAACAUUGUGAGUCAGCAGUCCACUGCCCGACCCGGCUGCAUCAUAGAGCUGGAUGUCAUUACUAACCAGUGCGGCUCGAACACACAGCUGCUCCACGUAUUCCAGGAGGAUUUUAUUUUGGGAUACAAACCACACGAAGACAUUCCAGAUUUCAACAUUAAUAGUUUUCCCUCUGGAGAAGAUUACCAGCCACCACCGUUCUCAGAGAAGUUCUAUUUGGUGGUGAUCGAGAAGGAUGCUAAUAGGAACUCAGUGUUACAGAUGUGGCAUCUUCAUCUGCGCUCGGUGCAGGCGUGUGUGGAAGAACCCGUAAAUGACUACAUGUUCCAGAACCAGCUGACGGUUCCUUUGAGUCAGACCAAUGCUGACUCAUCUCCUGAUAUCACUCCGGGUCACAGUCCACUGCCACGCUCCUCCUCCUCCGCCAACUUGCAGUCAGCGAGCAAACUCAUCCUGAGCUCUAAACUGGUCUACAGUCAGCGACUAGACCUGCCUCCAGGGGUGGAGCUUAUCAGAGCCACACCAUCAGCUGGUCACUUGAGCUCUUCAUCUAUCUAUCCUGUGUGUUUGGCUCCAUACCUGAUUGUGACCACCUGUUCUGAUGGACGUGUCAGGUUCUGGCACUGCAGGGUGGACAUGGACUUAUCAGCUCCACAACCCGAAGAGACACAUUCAUAUCGGUGGGAGCACUGGAGCCUCCUGAAAGAAGAAGAGGACAAUGACAGCUCAGUGUGUGUUGCGGGCCGACCUGUUGCAGUCAGUUGCUCCUACACAGGAAGACUUGCAAUAUCAUUCAAACAGAUAUCACCCGCAAGCGAAGGUGGGCUGUCUCAGGACUUCUCCAUGCUUGUAUCGAUCUAUGAGUGCGAGUCGACGGGUGGCUCGGAGUGGGUUCUGGAACAGACGAUUCACCUAGAUGAUUUUAGUAAACCUGCAAAAACACUAGAUCCACGUGUGAGUGUCGAUAGCAACUUGUUUGUUUAUAGCAAGUCCGAUCUGUUUGUAACCAAAGACAGCCCCAAUAUCAAGCACUUUGUGCACCUGGACUGGCUGUCUAAAGAAGAUGGGUCACACAUCCUGACGGUGGGGGUUGGAUCCAACAUUCUUAUGUACGGCCGUAUCUCAGGGAUUGUGACCGAGCAGACAGGAGUAAAAGAUGGUAUGGCAGUCACCCUGCCUCUUGGAGGAAGUAUAAAACAGGGAAUUCGCUCUCGUUGGGUGCUUCUGAGGUCUGUGAACCUUGUCUCUUCUGUGGAUGGGACUCCAUCCCUACCAGUGUCUUUAUCUUGGGUGCGUGAUGGCAUCCUGGUGGUGGGCAUGGAUUGUGAGAUGCAGGUUUAUGCACAAUGGAGGCAGGAAGAGAAGCUGGGUGACUCUGAAGACAACAGCAUCUCCUCCCCAGAAGGCAUUGGAGGACGCACCGUGUCUGUUUCGCAUGAGGGCAGAGCACGAUCUAAGAGUGUCUUUGAAGGUAGUGCGGGAAUUGACGAUGCAUUGCGUCCGCCAGCAGUGAUUCAAGAUGGUGGCUUGUUUGAGGCUGCCCAUUCAUUAUCGCCCACUCUCCCGCAGUACCAUCCAACUCAGCUGCUUGAGCUCAUGGACCUUGGAAGGGUACGUCGAGCUAAGGCCAUCUUGGCACAUCUGGUCAAGUGCAUUGCUGGAGAAGUUGCGGUGGUGAGGGAUGUGGAAGCAGGUGAAGGUGGUGCCAGGAGGCAUCUAUCCCGAACCAUCAGCGUGACUGGCAGCACAGCAAAAGACACAAUAGUUGCCGGUCGAGAUGGUGGACGAGAUUAUACUGAGAUCAACUCCAUUCCUCCACUUCCUCUAUACGCCCUUCUGUCUGCAGACCAGGAAACAUCCUAUAAAGCAAAGUGGGGAAGGGGAGAUGGAGAAGAAGUGGCUAAGACCGGUAAAGGGAUGGAUCGUGACAUCCAGAAACAACCAGAGGAUCACUAUGCUGACCUCUUUCAGGUGCAGUCCGUCACCACUGAUGAUUUUGUGAGCUUUGCCACGGAAAAACCAGAGAAGAAGUCUCGUGUGAUUAACCUGUCGCAGUAUGGUCCCACAUACUUUGGCCCCGAACAUGCACAGGUGCUGUCUUCACAUCUUAUGCACUCCAGCUUACCAGGACUCACUCGCCUUGAGCAAAUGUUCCUAGUGGCUCUUGCAGAUACUGUGGCGACCACUAGUGCUGAAGUAGCAGGACCUACGGAUAAGCAGUACACUGGUGGAGAUGCUUUAGAUGAGUGUGGUCUACGUUACCUGCUGGCCAUGAGGUUGCAUACCUGUCUGCUGAACUCCCUGCCCCCUCUUUACAGGAUGCAGCUACUUCAUCAGGGUGUGUCCACGUGCCAUUUUGCGUGGGCGUUCCACUCAGAAGCCGAGGAGGAGAUGUUGAACAUGAUUCCUGCCAUGCAGAGAGGAGACCCUCAGUGGUCUGAGCUCAGGGCAGUGGGUGUCGGAUGGUGGAUCAGAAACAUUAAUACACUGAGGCGAAUGGUAGAGAAGGUAGCGAAAGCAGCGUUUCAGAGGAAUAAUGAUCCGCUGGAUGCAGCUCUCUUCUAUCUGGCCAUGAAGAAGAAGGCUGUUCUCUGGGGUCUCUUCAGGUCUCUGCACGAUGAGAAGAUGACCCAGUUUUUCAGCCAUAACUUCAGUGAGGAUCGCUGGAGGAAGGCGGCUUUAAAGAACGCUUUCUCUCUCCUGGGAAAACAGCGCUUUGAGCAGUCGGCUGCUUUUUUCCUGCUCGCCGGCUCCCUGAAAGACGCCAUUGAGGUUUGCCUGGAGAAAAUGGAGGAUAUCCAGCUUGCGAUGAUAGUGGCUCGAUUGUAUGAGGCUGAUUAUGAGAGCUCCUCCACCUGUCAGGGUAUCCUGUACGAGAAAGUUCUGGGCUGCAACAGAGACGGUAGUGGAUUCUCCUGUCCCAAACUGCACCCGGACCCCUUCCUGAGGAGCAUUGCGUACUGGAUCAUGAAAGACUACACCAGAGCCCUGGACACACUGCUGGAACAGAUUCACAAAGAGAAUGAUGAGAACCCUGAUGUGCUGGUGAAAUCCUGCAAUCCUGUGGUGUUUAGUUUCUAUAACUACUUGCGCACACACCCCCUGAUCAUUCGCCGGCACUUUGCCAACACCGAAGCACCUGUAGCUGCAGUCGGUCCGACAACAGAACGCAACAGCGCCGAUGAAAUAAACCUGAUCGAGAGAAAGCUCUUCUUCACCACUGCUAACGCUCACUUUAAGGUGGGCUGCCCACUUCUAGCCCUUGAAGUUUUAUCUAAAAUCCCCAAAGUCACUAAGAAAGCAUCCUCUCUGAGUAAAGGCUCGUCUGUGGCCAACAUCAGCGGCGUUCUGCCGCAAGAGAAUGGAGGCAAAGCUUUAGAUCUCGACUGGGGAACUCCUGCGAUCCCCAGUCAAGCCUGGGGAGCCGACUCGUCCGCCGGGAUGGAUUGGAGUCAACCGUUGGUUAAAGUAGAGGAUGAGAGCCUACAGUUGGACUGGGGAGAUGAUAAGGGGGAGGAGGAGGAAGAUGAAGAAGGUGGACUGACCAUGAAGAAACCAGAGGAUGAGGAAGACAAAAAGCCGUCUAAAUCAGCAGCUCUGCAGCAUGAAGACUCGGCCGGCGAGUCGGAGGUGGAUGUUAUCGCUGAACAGCUCAAGUUUAGAGCCUGUUUGAAGAUCCUCAUGACGGAGCUGAGGACGCUGGCCACGGGUUAUGAGGUGGAUGGUGGAAAACUGCGAUUUCAGCUCUACAACUGGCUGGAGAAAGAGAUCGAGGCCAUGCACCACAUCUGCAACUAUAAGGUUGAAGGGAAAACGGCUGUAGGUCAGCUGGAGAAAUGGGGCGGAGAUGGAUCCCUGGACCUGGAAGACUCACUGAUUCGGGGUGAAGCAGGUGCAUAUGAGCGACACCAGAUGGAGCGACGGCGGCUGCAGGCUAAACAGCUCCAUGCAGAGCGGAGGAAAGCCUGGUUGAGGAAGAACCAGGCUCUGCUCAGAGUCUUUCUCAGUUACUGCAGUCUGCACGGGGCCAAGGGUGGAGGAGUGACAUCAGUCAGGAUGGAGCUACUCUUCCUGCUGCAGGAAUCACAGCAAGAAAUGACAGUGAAGCAGCUUCAGUCUCCACUCCCCCUCCCCACCACUCUGCCCCUGCUGUCGGCCAGCAUCGCUCCCACCAAGACCGUCAUCGCAAACCCCGUCCUGCACCUCAGAAAUCACAUUCACGACAUCCUCUUCACCAUUGUUCAGAUGGAGGCUCCACCACACCCAGACAUACUGGACGACCGGGUGAAUGCUUUACACACUCUUGCUGCUUCUCUGUCGGCUUGUAUCUACCAAUCGCUGUGUGACAGCCACAGUUACAGCAGUCAAUCGGAGGCCAGUCAGUUCACUGGGAUGGUGUAUCAGGGACUGUUACUGAGCGACAGGCGUAGACUUCGCACUGAGAGUAUUGAGGAACAUGCAACUCCCACCUCUGCCCCUGCACAGUGGCCAGGUGUGUCGUCUCUGAUCAGUCUGUUGGGAUGUGCUCAGGGCGAUGAUUACGUGCGUCUGAACGUUAUGCUGUGUGAGGCUGUGGUGGCCGUGUAUCUCAGUCUGCUGAUUCACGGUCUCGGCACACACUCUGGAAACGAGCUCUUCCGACUGGCCGCUCACCCACUGAACAACCGCAUGUGGGCUGCUGUGUUUGGGGGCGGAGCCAAACUCAUAGUCAAGCCCAAGCGGCCACCUGAAAUCGCCCCAGCGGUUCCUCCUCCAACUCCUCCCGCUGAGGAUGUAGACCGUCAGCGGCGCAGGUUUAAUAUGCGCAUGCUAGUCCCGGGACGCCCUGUUAAAGAGACUCCAGCCACACCUCCGCCCAUUCCUGUAGAGCGGCCCACCUAUAAGGAGAAGUUCAUCCCACCCGAACUCAGCAUGUGGGAUUACUUUGUGGCCAAACCUUUCCUUCCUCUUUCUGACAGCGGGGCGCUGUAUGAUUCGGAUGAGAGCGGUGCUAGUGACAACGAGGAUGAUGAUGAUGCCUUCCUCUCUGACACCCAGAUGACCGAACACUCCGACCCAAAUUCCUACAGUUGGUCUCUGAUCCGCCUGGUGAUGAUCAAACAUGGCCUGCACAAUGUCAAGACAUUCCUGCCCCUGGCUGGACUGGACUUCACAGAACUACCAGUGACAUCUCCACUCUGCAAUGCUGUGCUGAAGACUUUGGAAAACUGGGAGCAGCUUCUCUUGGAAAAGAUCAACAAGUUUGAUGGCCCGCCACCAAACUACAUCAACACCUACCCCACUGACCUUAGUGCAGGUGGGGGACCGGCUAUACUCCGACACAAAGCCAUGCUGGAGCCAGAGAACACACCGUUUAAGUCAAAGCACCAUCUGUCUUUCCCUGCUCGCCGUCUGUGGCAUUUCUUGGUCAAACAGGAAGUGCUUCAGGAGACUAUGAUUCGGUACAUCUUCACUAAGAAAAGGAAGCAGAGUGAGUCUAUAGAUGAUCAUGUGGACCACCUCAUACAAAACUACGUUACUGGAGCUCGCAAAGCCAGCAAGGUGGAGGCUGAUAUGGGUUACCCCGGAGGAAAAGCCAAAGUCAUCCACAAGGAAUCAGACAUCAUCAUGGCAUUUGCCAUUAACAAGGCUAACACUAAUGAAAUAGUGCUGGCGUCCACUCAUGAUGUUCAGGAAGUGGAUGUGUCCACACUGGUCGCAGCUCAGCCAUACACCUGGAUCGGAGAGGACUUUGACAAGGAGUCCCGCAGCUCUGAUGAUGUCGACUACCGCUCGUCUCACACCAACAUCGCCCAGGCCAGCACUGGUCCCUUUGCCCCCCAACAGAUGGCAGCGUCCUCCUCCAUGCCCUGGCUGGGAACCGGGCAGACCAGCAUGGGAGCCAGUGUGAUCAUGAAGAGGAACCUGAACAAUGUGAAGAGGAUGACGUCCCAUCCUAUCUAUCAGUACUAUAUGACUGGAGCUCAGGAUGGUAGUGUGCGAAUGUUUGAGUGGAAUCGUCCACAGCAGCUCAUCUGCUUCCGGCAGGCUGGAAACGCUCGAGUCACUCGCCUCUACUUCAACUCACAGGGCAACAAGUGUGGCGUUGCAGAUGGUGAGGGAUUUUUGAGCCUCUGGCAAGUCAAUCAAACCUCCUCAAACCCAAAGCCCUAUUUGAGCUGGCAGUGUCACAGUAAAAGCUGUGGUGAUUUUGCCUUCAUCACGUCCUCUAGUCUGAUCGCCACAGCGGGACAGUCCAACGAUGGCAGAAAUGUCUGUUUAUGGGACACACUGAUCGCUCCUAGUAACUCCAUGAUACACUCCUUCCAGUGUCAUGAGAAUGGUGCGACCGUUCUUCAGUACGCUCCUAAGCAGCAGUUGAUCAUCACGGGCGGCAGGAAGGGAUUCGUCUGUGUUUUUGACAUCCGUCAGCGGCAACUGCUGAACACAUUCCAGGCACACGAUUCGGCCAUCAAAGCCCUGGCCAUGGACUCCAGUGAGGACUUUUUUGUCACUGGUUCGGCUGAAGGGAACAUGAAGGUCUGGAAGUUGGCAGGUCAUGGCCUCAUGCACUCAUUCAGCACCGAACACGCCAAACAGUCCAUAUUCCGCAACAUUGGGGCCGGCGUGAUGCAGAUUGAAACCUGCCCAGGAAAUCGGAUCUUCACCUGCGGUGCCGACGGAACCCUGAAGAUGAGGGUCCUUCCCGACCGCUACAACAUUCCGGCCAGUAUAUUCCAGAUCCUC